AAGAUGAAACUCCAUGGCUCAAAUUCCUUGCCACAUCAGCCCGGCUUGCUUUUGAAGAUGUAAUUCCUUGCAAGCCCAAAAGGCACAAGAUGCGGUUGUUGGUUGCAGUCCUGUUUUUGACGCAAGCAGCUGCAAACUCAGAUGAUGUCACCAUGAUGUGUCCAAAGAGUAUAAAUCCUGAGACAUUCAUGAACGUUAGCCAAAUGAUCUGCUACAGAAUGUACCCCAGCGAGGAGUAUGAAAUCCUGACUCGCGACGGUUACUAUGUCAGACUGAACAGAAUUCCUCAUGGGAGAGAAUAUCCUAGGAACACAGGCCCCAGACCUGUCAUGUUUCUUCAGCAUGGGAUAUUUGGUGAAGGCAGCAACUGGGUUGAAAAUCUGGCUAACAACAGCCUUGGCUUCAUACUAGCAGACUCUGGCUACGAUGUGUGGCUGGGAAACAGUCGGGGAACACUCUGUUCCCGAAGACACCAGCAUCUUUCCCCUGACCAGACUGAAUUCUGGGAUUUCAGCUUCCAUGAAAUGGCCAUAUAUGACCUCCCAGCAAUGAUCAACUUUGUCCUGCAGAAGACUGGCCAGAAGCAGCUGUAUUAUGUGGGCUACUCUCAGGGUGCCACUAUCGCAUUCAUAGCAUUUUCAUCCAUGCCAGAACUGGCUCAGAAAAUCAAAACUUUUUUUGCCCUGGCUCCUAUAGUGACAAUGAAGCACGUCAAAAGUCCUGUAUUGAAAAUGUCGUUCCUUCUUAACGAAAAGCCUGAUAUGCUUCAGAUCCUACUGGGCAAGACAGAUGCCUCACUGAGGAUGAGGAAGCUGUGGAGAUUUCUUCCCAACCUGUGCAGUCAUUCGCUCCUGCACAAGCCCUGUGCCAACCUCUUGUUCCUGCUGGGUGGCUUCAAUGAGAAGAACCUCAACAUGAGCCGGCUAGAUGUGUACACAGCCCACUAUCCUGAUGGCACAUCUGUCAAAAACAUAAUACACUGGGCCCAGGUGAAGACAUCGGGAGAGUUUAAAGCUUUCGACUACGGCAGCAAAAACCAAGCCGUCUACCACCAGGAGAAGCCUCCCUACUACCAGUUGGAGAAGAUGCCUGUGCCCACGGCAGUGUGGUCAGGCGGUAAGGAUUGGGUAGCAGACCAGAGGGAUGUCCUCCUGCUGCUGCCACGCAUCUCCCGCCUCAUCUCCUACGUGCACAUCAUCGAUUGGAACCACUGGGACUUCAUCUGGGGCCUGGACGGCCCCGGGCGCCUCUACAGCAGCAUCAUGGCCAUGGUGAAAAGGUUCCAAUAGGGCAAGGCCCAGCUCAGCAGUGCCCCGAGGAAGCUUGGGGGGAUGUGAGCAGCCCCCAGUAGUGGGACACUGGGGAUGGCUAAGCUAAACUUUCCGGGCUACAUCAGGGGUUCUGGUUGGGGCUGUGGCCCUGCUCAUGUCCAGAGGCUCAGGUGGGGUGUGGAGAACCCAUCUUCACCAGGGCCAGGUGACAGCUCCUCCGCUCUGCAGCGGUGCUUUGCAUGUUCCCAAGCCGCUGAAAAACGUGCAGAAACAUGCUACUCCCUCCCCCUUCCCCCCCCCCCC